UGUUUGUCUUUCUGUGAAGAGGAAACUUACAUCCGCCAUCUGAUAGGCAGUCCAGAAGGGCUAUUCUAUGGCAUGCUGACACUCCAUGUAUAGAACAAGCAAGAGUUUUUCAGCUUCCUACGCCUGGAAACCUGCCUUCGAGUUCGCGACGGGGGACCCUUUAAACAAGCAGACUUCCGGAUGUGCCACAUCAAAACCGGACCCUGAACAGCAACAGAAGCAUUUCCUGUUUCUUCGUGAGAAAAUAGAGUUUGUGGGAGCCAUAAAAACUCGGAGAUGCCUCGCGAGCGAUCAGGAGCUACAAAACAAGUUCUUAUCAGAUUAAGAAGAGGCCUGGAACACUAAAACCUAAAACAAAGGAUUAAGAAGCCUCAAGUUAGAGCAAAAAAACAGAUCCGACCUCUGGUAUUGUAGCAGUCUCAACGGAGAGCCAGGUUAACCCUCUGAAGCAGGCAAAGACUUAAAUAUCUUCAAAAAGAUUAAAAUGGCAUCCGGCUGCUGCUAGUUUCCCUGCAGAUUUCUCAAACCCUGCACGUACAAAUCAUCCACACCAAGAAAAAACUGGAAUGAAAUUACAUCCUCUUGAAUAUGCGUAGGUGAAUGUAAACACAGAAUCACUUCAGAAAAUGGGAGGUUUGUGUUUGCCAUGCUUCAACACCAGCUGAGGGUGAAAUAAACAUUUCCACAGCCCACGGGAGAGCAUGUAUAAGAGAAAUGGCCGGAUGGCCAGAGUGACAGUAACCUCCGCCACUCCAGAGGGCAGUAGCAGUUCUGAUUCUCUGGAUGGCCGGAGCCCAGACUAUGCAUACAAGAGCUAUGAUGCUGUUGUAUUUGAUGUGUUGAAGGUAACUCCUGAGGAGUUUGCUAGCCAGAUAACACUGAUGGAUGUGCCAGUAUUUAAAGCUAUACAACCAGAAGAACUGGCUAGCUGUGGAUGGAACAGAAAAGAGAAACAUAGCCUGGCUCCCAAUGUUGUUGCCUUUACACGGAGGUUUAAUCAGGUCAGUUUCUGGGUUGUAAGAGAAAUUUUAACAGCUCAUACCUUGAAAAGAAGAGCAGAAAUAUUAAGUCAUUUUGUCAAAAUUGCUAAGAAACUAUUAGAUCUCAACAACCUCCAUUCCCUCAUGGCUGUGGUUUCAGCACUGCAGAGCGCACCUAUAUUCAGACUCACAAAAACCUGGGCUCUUGUAAGUCGUAAGGAUAAGACCACAUUUGAGAAGCUGGAUUACUUGCUGUCAAAGGAAGAUAACUACAAAAGGACACGGGACUACAUCAGGAGUUUAAAGAUGGUUCCCACCAUACCAUAUUUAGAAUUCAGAGAAACUUGUUGUACUUUGUCAGAAAUACUAAAGUCAGUGACAGUUUUCCAAAUGACAAAGUUAUAUGACACAGCUGCUUUGAGCCUUUCACCAUACAAUGUUAUUCUAGUAGAGGCUGCAUGCAGAAUGUUGCAUAAGGCUUUUGGGAAACCAGACAGGCUGUCCAGUAUGCCUUCUGAGACACCUAGGUUAUCACUGAGGAUUGAGCCAGGGAACAGUUCUCCUCGUUUGGUGUCCUCUAAGGAAGAUCUUGCAGGUCCUUCAGAAGUGUCAGCAACAGUGAGAUACAGCCGGAGACCAACUUGUCCUGAUGCGUCUGUAGCUGCAAGCCUCCCAACACCUCCAGUAGCACGGCAUCGAAAAAGCCAUAGCCUAGGAAACAAUGUACUCUGUCAGUUCAGUGUUGUUGAAAGUAAGAGUGCCACAUUUCCAUCAGAGAAACCACGCCAUUUGCUGGAUGACAGUGUUUUGGAAUCCCACAGUCCUGCCAGGAAUCAUACCUUCAGUUCAAUGGUAUCCAACGGAGUGUCAGUAGGUAGCAGUGAAAGUUCUGAAUUUAGUGAAGAGCUGUCCUCAGGGAUGGAAAGGGGUCGUUUGUAUGCUACACUGGGACCUAACUGGCGGGUUCCAGCACGAAAUUCUCCCAGGAGUCGAAGCUGUGUAUACAGCCCAGCAGGGGCUUGUUGCUGCCCAGUAGGGAAUCCAGCAGGAACCAUUACAAUGGAGGGCCCUUUGAGAAGAAAAACAAUACUUAAAGAAGGCAGGAAACCAGCACUAGCCUCAUGGAGUCGAUACUGGGUCAUGCUUACAGGUUCAAUACUUCUCUAUUUUGGUGUCAAGUCACUUAGAGGCACAGAAAGAAAACAUUAUAAAUCAACACCAUGUAAAAAAGUUUCAAUAUUAGGAUGGAUGGCUGUACUCCCAGAUGAUCCUGAGCACCCUGACAUCUUCCAGCUUAAUGAUCCUGAAAGAGGCAAUGUUUACAAGUUUCAGACUACUUCAAGGUUUCAUGCAAUACUGUGGCACAAGCACUUGGACGAUGCCUGCAAAAGUAACAGGCCUCAGGUACCUGCUAACCUUAUGUCAUUUGAGUGAAGUUAUAUGCUACAAUACUGACGUGCCAACUCUCUCCAGAACAACAAAAUGAUAGACUUGUAUAUAGGAGAACAUCCUUGUAAGGGAGCUAUUACAAAUAAUGAAUACUGAUGCACUUUUUCAGAGUUUACCAUAUGGCCACUUCUGGAAUUCAUUUGCUGAAGGCAGGUCCUGACAUUCUGAACAAAACUUGAAACCUGCAAGCAGUCCCUUUUAUUCCCCCUUUCAUAAAUUCAUUGUAGUCCAGUAAAUGACUGUGCUGAUAACACAUUACAAAUGAUGUGUAUGGGAAAAUGGAAUAAUUCACUGUAAGCACUGUUAGUCAACAGUUGACAGCAAUCUUAGUGAACAAGGAAAUCUACAUAGCAAUUUCUGCUGAAUUUUUUUUUUUUUUUUUUUUUUUUUUUUUUAAGAUAACUGCUAUUUCUAUUGUUAAGCUGCUUUAUGUAACUGAACAACAUUUAACCCAUGUUGGGUUUUGUAUAUUUCUAAUGCACAAAAGGUAUUGACAGUGUUAACCUGCUGUGGUGUAACUUAGACUAGGUAACAGUAAAUAACUUUUUAUAACUUAUGUGCACUGAGUCGCUUAAUAAUGUGGCUGCCUCAUAUGUGUUUGUAUAUAAAACCAAUGGGUUUAUCUACCCAAAUAACUUUGUUUUAGCUACUUGAAUUGUGUACAUUUUGGCACAAGGAAAAGAUUCGUAUUUCAUUUUUUUCUUUUGUAUGCUGCCUGACAGGAUGAUACAAUGUUUGUUUCUGCCAAUUAUCUUGCACAGAAUAUUUUCAGCAACAGUGUAAUUACAGCUGCAAUGCAGUGAAACUGAAUAUAUUUGUUAUGUAGUAUUCCUACCUUAGUGGUAGUACUGUAGCUUACCCCCUGAAAGUUGUGUAAUAAAGGUACUACAUGUCAUAAUUAGUCCUAUUUAUGAGGAAAUGAGUGUUGCAUACUUCAUAGAGACUAAAACAAGUUCAGUUGCAUUUACAGUAUUUUGCAAUCCAAGCAUUUUAUUCAUUUUUCAAGAUAUUACUUGUCAGUAAUUGUGCUGUAUUUUCUAUUUUCAACACAGUUUGAUACAGUGUCUGAAUUGUCAUGUGAAUAUAGUGGUAAAAAUGUAACCAUCUUUUAAUAUACUGGCAAUUACUGCCAGGGUAGUAACAUCUUUGUAUGCCUUCCUAACUCUAAAAUAGCAUAACAAAAAUGUCCUUGUAUAAAACUGUAAGAAUGUUCAGCUGACAACAAGGAUACAUUUAAUACAGAUGUUUUUAAAAAUCAGUUUUAAUUGUUAUUGUUAAUGAGCUCCAAAGGCCAUACAAUCUGCCAGCAAUUUCAUUAACAUUUUUUUUCACGAAUCAGAGAAGGUAUACCUCAUUAUUAACUCUCUACGCACUAGGAGAUGUUGCUAAAUUUUGGAGGCUUCAUAUUUUCUUGACUCAGAAUAAAGCACAUGGGAAUUAUUGAAUGAC